AUGGCCAAUAUGGCCAAGCAACCUUAAAUCUACAUCACACUUCUCCUAGAUCUCUCCAAGCUUGUACUUUAAUCUCGUUUCAAACGUGUAGGAGCCGUGGCUUAGUUCGUGUCAUAGAGCUCGGAAAAAUGGACAGAUUAAAUGAAUUGGCAAAGACAAAGGCAGCAGUGAUAUUCAGCAAGAGUACAGAUUGUAUGUGCCACAGCAUUGAAACAUUAUUCUAUGAACUUGGUGCAAGCCCAGCAGUCUAUGAGUUGGAAAAUGAUCCUAGAGGAAGAGAUAUGGAGUGGGCCUUACAACAAUUGGGCUGUAAACCAACUGUUCCUGCAGUCUUUAUUGGUGGAAAGUAUGUGGGCUCAGCCCGCGAUGUGAUUUCUGCUCACUUAAAUGGUUCUCUUAAAGACUGGCUCAUACAAGCAAAAGCUAUCUGGCUGUAGUACUCCAUAAUUGGAAACUGAUGCCAUGAAUCAAUAGUAUUAUGCUUGAAUCAUGAGCAUAUAUAAAGCAUUGGGUAUUUACAACUAUAGGAAUAUGUGUAUGUGUGCUUUUAUACAGUCUAGAUACUAUACUCAAUUAAGGUGAUAAACAUCAAAACCUCAACUUAAAUUGUGUGUUAAUGUAAUAUAGUAUAUAUUCUUCAA